UAUCGAGUUUUGUGGCGUUUGUUUUCACCUCUGACCACCCCUGUAUUAUACAUGGUAUGGUACACCGUUACCCUUUGACAUGAAGAAGAAGUGAAAACAUUUCCCAAUGGCAGCAGUACUGACAGCAGCGUGUGUGAGAAACAAGGGCUUCCCUUGCCUGUUGCUGUCCAACACCCCCACACGUUUGCACACUGCACCUACCAGACUGCUGUGGGGAUGGCUCAAUACAGUCUUCAACAAGGUUGAUGACAAGCGGAUUGAGCAGGUGGGUCCGGACCGAGCAGCAGCGGAGUGGCUGCUGAGGUGCGGUGCACACGUCAGGUUCAAGGACAGGCCUUCCUGGCAGAGAGACUACAACACCCUCCCCACAGGCCCUCCUCAGAAGUACAAGAUUGAGGAAAUUGAUGCCACAGACUCUGGUGUCAUGCACAUUGGAUUUGAACAUUUCAAACAUCUGCAGCAUGUGAAGUCUCUGAAGCUGAACAGGUGCAUGUACAUCACAGAUGAGUGCAUAGGGAAGCUGCAUCUUCUAGCAGGUACACUGCAGCACCUGGAGGUGACCAGCUGUGGAAAUGUCACAGACAAAGGACUCAUGCAGCUUAAGGACUUGAGCUUGCUGGAGACCCUGAGAUUGUUUGACUUACCAGCAGUGAGAGACAAGACUGGCACAGUCCAUCUGCUAGAAAAAUUCCUGGCAAACUGUGAGAUAAAUGCUGAGGGAAUAUGAGAGAUCUGUUGGAAGUGGAGAUGUAGGGACUGCAAUGCCAGCCAAGGCCAUUUUGUUUUGGUUCUAGACAAAGCAUACCAAUCCUGAACGCAGCUCAUGAGUAGGACCACCGUAAUUCCUCUGUGCUCACCCAUAUUUGAAUAGCCAUAUCUGACUAGAGUUCCAAAAUGUGGCACAGUGAUAGGACUAGUACUUCUGUUGGAGAAUGUUUCUUCUGAAAACAAUGGAAUAAUCAGUAAGCAUGUAACACCAGAGGGAGCAUCUUCACUCUGUUGACAACACAGUACAAACCUGUAAAGGGUCUGUGUUACUUGUUUUCCUUGGCAACAUGAGGCUGACUAUUAAAGGUGUGACAUUUAUUCCAAGGGAAGGCAUUUCUGUUGAGGAAAUGUUUGUCUAUUUCUCACUUCAGGAUUCACCCUUGAAAUAUGUGUGUACCCUUGCAAUGCUUUAUAUAUUUUGUACAUUUUGUUGAAUGUGUCAAUAUAUAUUAAGGAAACCAUACUGGAAGUUUAGAUGUUUCGUCAAUGUAUGUGAAACUGUGACUAGGUUUUAUUAAAGACAAUAUGUGGAUGACAAACUGUUACAGUUUUCUGUGCAUUUU